AUUAGUUCUCGACUGCAAGCGGCUGUUGAAAAACUUCUGGAAGCUAUCAAUGAAACUUCCAAUCAGCCACUACGCAUUUCCUAAAACAAACUUUAAGGAGUGAGAGAAGCCUGGCAACAUCUUCAAAGUGACUGCUUGAGACCUGUCUAAACACACAUUUCAGACUGAAGUGCAGUUGGAAUCCUUUCAGACAAGACGUGGAGUGGGUGUGUUAUAAUUCAGAUUCCACCUGCUGGUGUUAUAUACAGGUAAAUAGAUCAGGCCCCUCCCCUGUUCUUUGACUGGGAGAUACUAACAGAAAGUCUUGAAACAAGCAGAGUCUGAGAAAGCUCUUCCUGUUGAAUUAACUUGAAGAACAGGAAUGAAGGCAAACAACGACAUCUCUGUAUUUCUCUUUCGUUGGCCGUAGGGGAGGUGGAAAAUCAUUUUUAGUUUCUGUUCUGCUACCGUGCUUGUCUGCUGGAGUGUACCUGCUCAGGUAAAAAAAAAAUCAUGCCUCCCUGCUGUGGAAAUUACCAGCCAGCUGCUACUGGAAGAUUUGUGUUGCUUUUUCAUGUGAAACUUCUCCAAGGAGGAUUUUUAGGAGUGACCGUAUGAAGUUUUCGUGCAUCUCUCCCUUGGAUUUCUGUGCUCCUGAGUUACUCUUCUGAUCCUGGGGAUUCUCAGUAGGUUUGUCACUGACAGUACUGAUGCAUGUUCUCAGACUGCUAAAUGUACGUAUUCUUUACAACUUUCUGUUAGCAAUUUCUAAAGGCAGUUUAGCUAGUGUAAAAUACUGAUGUGGCAGUUAAGAAGACAGUGACGGCAGCAUUUGGGAAUGGAUUCUUACCGCACGUACUGGGCAGCUAAUCUCUUGAAUCCUCUGUGGACAGAAGGCCAAGAAGAAGACAUUUAUGAGGUUGAAUCUCGUGUGCCUUUGCCAUAUCCUUUUCCUUUCACUGAACACUUGGAUGAGAAUAAUUCUGUAGUUGUAAAUACUGCGAUUUUUCACUUCAAACACACAAAAAAAGGGCACAUUUUAAAAGUUGUUUCUAAAAUUUCCUUGCCUACACCACCUUACUCACUUGAACAUGCCAAAAUUACUCAGACAGAACUCAUGCGAGAAUCCUUCAAAAAGCAAGAAGAGGCCACAGAGUUUAUCAGGUAUCAGGAAGAGCUGCAAGAACGUCUCAGUGAAGAAACCAAAGCCAGAGAGCAGUUGGCUUUGGAGCUUAGUAAAGCUGAAGGCCUCAUUGAUGGUUAUGCAGAUGAAAAAGCAUUUCUGGAAAAACAACUGCAGGAAAAAAUAGAUGUAAUUGACCAUCUUGAGCAAGAACUACUGUGUACAGGUAACAAAUUGCAGGAAUUAGAGGCUGAACAGCAGCAGAUCCAGGAAGAAAAGGAGUUACUUGCCAGACAGAAGGAUGCCAUGAGAGCAGAUGCGGGGCCAGUAGAGCAGCGCCUAGUAGAUGCUGCAGUCGAUGCAGCUUCCCAAGCAGGUGUGUUUGUAUGUUGCAUGGCCAAUCCUGUAACUGGGUGGAAGAUUUAGACGUACUGACAUUGUUAAUCAGGAUUAUUGGGCUUUUGGCUUACUGACAUCACUUGUAAUUCUUACUGGCCUGCAGCUUUGAUGUUGUAUUUCAUACUCAGUUUUACAUUUUGCUAACAACAUUUCUUAUUAUUUCUAUGCAUAAAUAAGCAAAUUCAUUAAUAACCAUCAUCUUAUUCACCUAUGAAUUACACAUACUUAGUUGAUAUUGGAGGGAUAUUUUUGUAGGGUUUUUUUUCUCCACUUUUGUUUCCAAAUAUUACUGAAGUCUUUCUUUUUAAUAUCUAAACAAUGUGUUAUAUGGACAUACAAUGGUUACCUUAAAAUAAGAAUUGGUUCAGUAUGAUGUAAGAUGAUGGUGCCUAAAAGGAUAUUUCUUCUAUAGUGAUUGUAAAUUGUAUUGUUUCUGUCUAAUUAUCAAUCAUGUUUUAAAGACUCUCCAAAUGUAAUUGCACUUUACAGUUUGGAUUUUGCCUCAAGGGAUGCCUUAACGGUUAGUUAACAUGUACUUCAAUGGGCUGUGGCUUAAGAGUUUUAAUCGUGGUUUGGGGCUUUACUAUAUACGUGUGCCAGCAUUUUCGUGAAGAAUCAGAAUUGGGCAUUCAGUCAUUGAUUUUUGCAAAGCCUCAGUUACAGAUCAGUAAUUUCCCCCUCUGCCUGGCAAUCUUGCUAAGUCUUUCAGUAUUUCCUUCAAAGUAUUUCUACAUAUCACAUUAAAUGCUGAAGCCUGGGAGUGGAAUGAUUUUAAUUAUCCUAAGGAGGAGAAAAAUAUUGGGUUUCCUGCAUUUCCAUUGCUAGCCCUUGUGCUGACUAGCUAUGGUUCGAAUCUGUUUUUCUUUUCUGUGCCAGUUAUACAAAGACCGUGUAAUUUAUGUGUAACUUAAAUGGGGAAAUGAUCUAAUAUCAUUUCACUGUCAGUCCUCUGAAGUUUAUCUAAAGGACAGCCGUUUUGGAAAGAACUUGCUAUAAUGAUUAUCUUGAUUACUUCUCAAAA